UAUUUUAUUUUUUAUUUCAGAUUUCAUAGUUUGGCAGACCUCUGACGACGGCGCGCCCAGGAUUUCCAAGAGACGCUAGAAACAUCUCAAACAGAAUGAUGAUGUCAGGCUGUUGUGACUAUGUCGCAACCACAACGUUACUGUUUCUCCUUUUUUUAAUUGUUCUCAUAUGCUUCGUGGAAUCAAAAAAUCUAAUGGUCAAGAAGCGAUUCACACGGGAUGAUAUAUGCAAGGAAACGAUUAAAACUGGAAAAAUAGUUCAAUAUUGUCCAGAAGAUGUUGAGUCCAGAAGGAUUAGAACAAGGGAAAGAAUGUGUGAAGAUAUGCAUGAUUCUUGUUCCAAAGACUCCUUAGUGUAUCACUGCUUGCGGUCUAGAAACAAACUCAUUGAAGUUUGUGCUCCAAGGAAUUUUAUCACAGGAAAUUGUUGUGUUCAGUUCAACGAGGGAUUAGGCUGUAUAGUAGAGGAUUAUAGUGUUGCCUGUACAGAGUGUCCGUUUCAUUACUAUUCCAAUGAAUCGAUAACAUAUCCAUCUUGUUUUCAAUUAAUAAAGACUAUGGCUGUUCCCGGGAGUACUAUCCAGUCAACAGUUGAGGUCUGCCACAGGUCGUCGUAAACGCCACCUCACCAA